AUGAACGCACCGCCCACCUUCUCCUUUGUGAGCUACGACAACCACAGAGUUCCCCAGGAUCCCAAGUUGCGCACCUUGAUCCGCCGACAUGCCAUGCGAGAUGUGGCAACUACCAGGAAACAAAGGGGGAACUAUCGCGGCAAUGUCAUCCAGUAUCCCGAAUCAGCCCUGGCUGGAGAAGAAGAAACGAUGCCAUUUCAUGAACAUGAACAGAUCAAUAAGCACCAACUUGCUUGUCUUCAUACGAUAUUCGUGGAUAGCCUGGAACAACAGAUGAACACGAGAUUCCCCAUCCUGGAACUUAUCGCGCCAUUGACAAGCCUGCAUCUCGGCUUCGCCACCAUCUCCUGCUUCACUUCUGAAGCCGGGAAGACUGGCGAUAUUCUCUCUGCAUUUCCACUGUCCCAUUUACAGAGUCGACGGCUUCUGUCCUACUUGCCUAGUCGAUACGGAAAAGUCUCUGCGUUGACUUAUACCGUCGACUGCCUUGUGGCGAGACUCGAUCAGAUUACCCGGGUCUCCUUUGCAUCUUGUGCCUCUGAAGAAGAAAAUCGCACAGUCUUUUGCCAUUACGCAAAGGCUCUCAAGGAGAUACAGAGGGCAAUCGAUGAUGAGGCCCUCCGUAUGUCUCAAGAGACAUUGUACGCCACAGAGCUGCUAGGAAUAUUUGAGCUUCUGAAUCCUCAACCGGAGAUGAAAUCUUGGAUAUACCAUGCGGGAGGCGCUGCCCGGCUGAUUCAGCUCCGUGGCCCCGAUAGGUUCCAGUCAGACUUUGAGUUGGCCUUAUUCAUGGCACACAUUGGCCCAAUAGUCACCGAAGCCUUCCUAAACAACAAGAGCUGUUUCCUCACUGAAGAACCAUGGAAAAAACUUCUUCAUACCGCCAUUUGCAACGACCCUUCAAUACCGUCAGAACAGAGUGAGCUUAUAUACGAGUUAUGGAGUAGUCUGAUAUACGGGCCAAACAUCUUCAAAACUGUCACCGACCUCGUCCUGGCUCCCGUGGAACCCCCGCCGUCCGUCAUAGAGUUGACAAUCAGGCGUAUUCAAAGGGAUCUGGAUCACUUGACUAUGUGGGAAGGGUUGCUUCAUGAUCAACAGUCUGCAACAGAACGAAUCUGCCCAAAGGGUCAGAAACCGAAUAAACCUUCCGAUUGGGGCUCUUCAAGGAGAUACAUGCCGUGGCAGAUAUUACGGGGCACUUAUACCAUGUGCAGCAUACUAAAAAGGCGGCUCUUGACUUCUCUUGCGCCUUCUCAGUACCCUCACAUGGAGGAAGAGUGCCAAGCCUUGGCUGAAACGGCUAUGGGAUUGGGUCACAAUGUAUUCAACGCAAGCAAGGAGAAUCGCCUUCCGUGCGGACUGUUCACGGCGCAAACCGUCUGGGUGGCGAAAGCGGUUAUUAACACGAAGGGCGUAUGGAGCGAAAGCAAAGCAGUUAUAGACAAAGUUGAGGUACUUGGAGGCUAUGAGAGGACAAUGAUUGACAAGUGGAAGUUUAGGAUGUGGUGUCAAGGGCUUGGGAGAAAAGAAGUAUAA